GAAGAGUAUUCGGGUUGAUUAUUGGCCAGUGUCAUGUGAAAACCUUGAACCUAUCAGCAGUUGGCUGGCAGGGUAUAAAAUGAGGACGCGUUUGUUACCUGAGAUGCGUCGUCAUUCGUACCGCCCCUUUACGGAAGUCGCAAUUUAUGAAUGGGAGAGUUUCUGAAGUGCCGUCUCGCUGUUCUGCUGCUGUGUGUAGGCUGCCCCUGGCUUUGAGUUUGUCAACAAACAAUCCACUGCAUGUAAUGGUCCGGAGAUUGGGCAUAGUAUUAGAUUACUACAGAAGUUGCCAUUUAUGAAUGGGAGCGUUUCGGAAGUGCCGUCUUUCUGUUCUGCUGCUGUGCGGAGGCUGCCCUUGGCUUUGAGGUUGGUUCGUUUGCUUUAAGGAAGAUUUUUUGGAAAUUGAAUGUUUGUUUAUUAUCUUAAGUUUCUGUGUAGCUCGUCAACAAACAAUCCACUGCAUGUUAUGGUCCGAGACCGUGCAUAGUACCGCAUUAUGAACAUCAUCUGGUAUGUAUGAGAGCUAUUUGCGUGGUUUUUCUUUUUUUUAUUAUUAUUAAUUUUGCCGUCUCAUGUUUGACAGAUGGAGUGAAAGGCACAAGGGUUUCAUCUUUAUAUUUCGGGACGAGAUGCGCGUUUGCUAAUGAACGCACUGCUGCCUUGCCUGUACUGAGUUUAUCGUUUCCUUAUUUGAGCAAAUUUAAACUUUCAUUCUAGCAAACCUGAACGUGGCUGUCUCUCGCUGGUUUGCCCUGUUCUUUGAAUGUGUCGUCGAUUGGAGUUUGUUUUGAUUUGUGUCUCAUUUUGUUUCAAAUCAUAAAUGAGAUUUGUUUUCUUUUGUUUUGUGUUCACUUGUGUAUUUUGCAAUUUAAUUUAUUUUCUUUGUUAGAUUUAAGUUUAGUUGAGUUCCCAAAACGAAAGUGACAUUAAUAUUAUUUUUUUUGUUUAUUAUUUCUUUUGUUGUGAAUUGAUUUUCUUCCCUUUUUGGGGGCUGGCUUUUGCCAGUUAAUGUUUAUUGUGUGUCUUUUUCUCUUUAUUUAUCGCGUGACGAAGGGGGUUUAUAGAGGAGGGGUUUAGCCGCUAUUUAACGGGUUCACACUGAGUGCAGUGCAUUGAGUGACUUGAUUUCACCAGUGUGGGUGUGUGUGGAUAUUAAGUGUGUCAUGUACGGAUAUUAAGCGUGUCGUGUGUAUUGAGGGUCAUAGCAGGCCAUCACCCUACCCUUUAAGCCUUCUCGCGUAUCUGUUUCUUUUUGUGUUCAUUUUCUUUUUGAAGUUUUGUAAAGUGUUGCAUUUAGUUUUGAUCUGUGGCUCUUGAGCCUAUGAUGUCAAUGUGUUGGGUUUUUAACUUUUGUAUUUAAAUAAAGCUGCUUAUCUUCGGUACUCCCUGGCCUACGUCUCUUUGCUCACCCAUUUCUUUUGGUUACGAACCUGUGUGUCCCUUGUUUUGGGGCUGAGUUCCCGGUGUAUACACCGGGUGGCGUAGUCGACUAUUAUAUAAUUCUAUACAGUUUCCUUAAGUAUCUGAUGCCACUGGCCACAUUUGGCGUAGUGUCGGCAGGGUUUCCAUUUUUUGGGUGAGCGUGUAUUUUGAGAAGCAGGUUUGGGAGUGCUUUUGAUGCAGCUAAUUUUUUUUUUUUGGUUUGGUAUUGUACGGUUGAAUUUUUCUAAAAAAAAAAAAAAUUUCAUAAUUUUUUUUCCUCUUUUCUAAAAGGCAAGGCAGCAGUGGAGGUUAUUGGUGAGUAAAUCUUCUCGUGGUUCACCCCUCCAUAAGUGGUAAGUAGUACAUAGCGAUGGAGGGAGAGUUGCAAGAAUUAAGGGAGUUGGUAAUACAGCUAAAGGCUGAUAAUGAAAAAUUGCGCCAAGAACGUGUAUCUGCUUCAAUGUUGCCAAAUAAUGCUCUUCCUAGUGUUGCAGAGGCCCCUGCCACCGUGUCCCAACCCAUGAGUGCUGGUGCCACUUCGGCUGAGAGGUUUGUGUUUGUACCAAGUGAUCGGCGAUGUCCAAAAUUCAACGGCCGGACUGGCAUCAGCAUUGAUGAAUGGGUUGAGGAAGUACAGGCGUGUAUACAGGCGCGCCAUCUUUCUAUUGUUGAUAAAGCGUUUUUUGUUUUUGACCAUUUGGAGGGGGAAGCACGGGAGGAGAUAAGGCAUCGACCUUGUGCGGAACGGGACGAUUACACUAAAAUUAUUGCAGCAUUGAGGGAACUUUAUGGCUGUAAUCAGUCAUAUGUGUCUCUGCAAGAGGCAUUUUUCUCUCGUAAACAACGUGAAGGGGAGACUCUAUUAGAGUUUUCACUAGCCCUGAUGAGCCUUUGGAAAUCUGUUGAAGAAAAGUCUCCUUAUGAUAUGCCAAAUUCAGAAACCCUUGUGCGUGAUCAAUUUGUCGAACAUGUGAUCGAUAGCUCCUUACGUCGUGAGUUAAAACAACUAGUACGUCGCUUGCCCUCCUCCAGUUUGUUGGAGGUCCGUAGUGAGGCUCUUAGAUGGGAGAGGGAGGGGAUGCCGGGGGGCGACCGCCGUCGAAGCCAGUCGGUUCCUUUGGUUCCCGUCAUACAAUAUGGGGUACAGGGGGGAUCAUCGUUAGACGCCCGCAGUGCCUCAACGUUGGAGUUAAGUGAGUUAAAGGACCUGUUGAAAUCGCAGCAAGCCCAACUAAAUCAGCUCUCUAAAAGUGUGACUCGGCUUCAGACGGUUGUUGAGUGUAGCCAAGCCCCUCGGGCACGUAGUCAAUCUCCUCAUUCGCGGAACUAUUCUUCUCGUGGCAAUACUAUAAUUUGUCGAAGGUGUCAGCGACCUGGCCACUUUGCCAGGGAGUGUGACGGGGAACGGGUUCCCCCUCACCCUCCAUCUUCUCGUAUGGUUCCUCCUUUGGCUGGAGGUGAACAGCCUUUUGCACAGCAGUUGUCGGAAAACUAGCACCCGCCGGGCUGCAGAGUCACAGCUCGGUUGGGGUAGAUGGCGGCUCAAAUUUUUGUCAGAAUUCUCGUUCAGUAUCGUCUUUAAUGUCUUCAUGCCCUCAUUUGGUGAUUUGCAUGGGUGGGGUUCAGGUGCCUUGCCUUAUAGACACAGGCUCCAUGGUUUCGACAAUAACCGAGAGUUGUUUUUUACAGAAUUUUGAACCAUGGGGUCAGGAUCGUUUGCGAUCAUGCCAAUGGUUGCAACUGCGUGCUGCCAACGGGUUGGACAUCCCGUACAUUGGAUAUAUGGAGUUGGAUGUCGAACUUUGUGGCAGGUUAGUGCCAAAAUGUGGGGUGCUGGUUGUCCGAGAUCCUCCUGGGGGCAUGUGUUUCCAGGCACCGGGCGUUCUGGGAAUGAAUGUUCUCAGCCGAUGCUACCAGGAGCUUUUUGGACAACAUGGCCCUUCUCUCUUUGAAUCUCCCUCAUUAGUUCAGGUGCCCAGUAUUGUAACAAAGGCAUUUCAACAUUGUCAUAAGGUAUGCUCCCAGUCUCAUUCUACUCGUGCAGGGUCAGUUAGGGUACGUGGUCGUAGGGUACAACGCAUCCCGGGUGGCACGUUACAACUAGUUACGGCAACUUGUUCAGAGCAGUUUUUGCAUGACACUGUGCUUUUUGAGCCCCCUGACUCUGGUUUGCCAGCUGGAUUGUUGGCCUCACCAUCGUUGGUGCAGGUAAAUCGAGGUAUGGUGUCGGUGCCAGUGGUGAAUGUGGGAACCACUGACAUUGUCCUUUACCCACGCACUUAUUUAGGCACUUUA